UCCAGUGUGUGGUGCGAGUGUGUUGCAUUCGUAGUUUUGGCCACUUCCUGACAAAUCUCCAGGGCAACGUGCUGCACUUCAACCCGGAGGCGGGCAUCUUCACCAGCAUCAGCCAGUCCGAGCAGGACAAUCUGGUGCAACAGGCCAAGGCCCAGUUCCGAAUGGCUGAGGAGGAGGCUCGUCGGAAUCGCUUAAUGAGGGACAUGGCUCAGCUUCGACUACAGUUGGAGGUGUCGCAGCUAGAGGGCAGCCUCCAGCAGCCCAAGGCCCAGUCGUCCAUGUCUCCGUAUCUGGUGCCAGACGCAGCUGCUCUCUGCCACCAUCUGAACCUCAUCCGACACCUGGCCGGCAGCGGCUGCUUCAUUAUCAUCAUCCCGCGGACAGUGAUCGACGGACUCGACAGACUGAAGAAGGAAAACCCUGGUGCGAGGGACGGGAUCCGCUUCCUGGAGUCUGAGUUCCGCAAAGGCAACAGGUACAUACGCUGCCAGAAGGAGUCUGGUCGAAGUUUUGAAAGAGACAAACUGAAGCGACAGGACAUGGAGGCCUGGCAUCUGUACAAGAUGGUGGACAGCUGUCGCCAGUUAACCGUCUCCCAGAACAACGGAGAUGAAGACACAGCCGGCAUGGUGACCGUUCUUACCGGCCAUCAGGUGGAAGAGCUUUGCACUCGGUCAGCAGCUAUGAAGUCGGCGAUGCAGGCGGCGAGCUCGGCGGGCAUGGAGCUGAAGAACAUCGUGGAGUUCUACCGACAGUGGAAGGAGAUCGGCUGAGAGGUCCAAGGGGGGGCAGCUGUCGAUGCUGCGAACAGCUGAAUCGAUCACAACACUCGCUCCCUCUCUCUCUCCCACUCUUUUGCUCUGUGUGUAUCUGCGUCUCCAAAAGGAAAAAAAAAAAACAACAAAAGAAAGAUGGAUCGAAGGAAAAGAGUUAAAGCUUAGAGAGCUGGAAAAGAAAAUUCCGCGGAGUAAAAAAAAAAUAAUAAUACGACAGAGACACGCGGGCGAAAUGGCGCGAUAAGAAUAAGAACAGCAGAUCUCCCACUUCAAAUCCUAAACAUAAAGAGUGACCCCUAGUGGCCGGGGUGAGGAAACAGUGGGGGAAUUCUACACAACUUUGAAGUGCCCCUGGUUCACACCCUAACCAGGAAUACACUGUAUAUGUUAGCAAACGAGUACAUACGUGUCGAGAGAGAAACCGCGCACACACAUCAACACACGCUCAGAUGAAUCAUAUAGAUAUUUAGAGCAGUGGUUUGGAUUUCUGUUCCCUCCUCCCCUUCCCUUCGGUCUGUAUUUGAGAAACAGGGUCAUGAAUGUGCGAGUCUGGCGGCGCUGCGUUUUGUAAAGUCGAGGGUGUAUGAAGUCAGCUUCGAGGUCGAGAACAUACACGCUCUGUCCACCUGACAUGAGGUUCCUAGCCGUCAAAAACAAACCAGGGGUCUCGUAGCUCAUGGGCCGGAGAGGUUGAGGAAGGCAGAUGUACACUUCUUCGGAAUCGGUUUCUUUCCUACGUGGCUUUUAAAAAAAACAUUUGGUUUUGUUUUUUUUUUUCUUUAUUUGCAGUGUACCUUUGUGACCAGUGAUGUAUGUAUUGUGCUGUCUCUGUAUGAGAAGAGAAAAGGAAUAAAAAAACACGACAGGCUCUGCCCUGUUACAGGUUUUAAUUUGGAUUUUAUUUUUGUACCCAAAUGAUGUUUAUUUUGCUUUUUGUAAGCUAAAUUUGAACGAUGUAUGCAAGAAUGUUUAAGGGAAAAAGGAGAGGGUCGUUUUUCGUCAGAUCGGUGCGAGGGAAUGUUCAAUUCUGAUUUAUUUAUCGCGGUGUCAUGUGAGAGGGAGGAGCCGAUGAGCUUCCCGUUGUAGCUCGUCAUCACGGAGACUCGGAAGAGAGAGGGCCGACUGACUUUCCCUGAGGAAUGCGGGUUGUGUUUGGACCCCUGUAAACUCCUAAAACGUGUCCCAUCUACAUCGACAUUUCCAUAGUGACUGUCCCAUCAUGCA